AUGGGCCUCACAUUCACCAAGCUGUUUGCACGGCUGUUCUCCAAGAAGGAGAUGAGGAUCCUGAUGGUGGGCCUCGAUGCCGCCGGUAAGACCACCAUUCUCUACAAGCUGAAGCUGGGCGAGAUCGUGACCACCAUCCCCACCAUCGGCUUCAACGUGGAGACUGUGGAGUACAAGAACAUCAGCUUCACUGUGUGGGAUGUGGGCGGCCAGGACAAGGCGAGUAUCCGCCCGCUGUGGAGGCACUACUUCCAGAACACGCAAGGCCUGAUCUUCGUGGUGGAUAGCAACGAUCGCGACCGCAUCGGCGAGGCGCGCGACGAGCUGCACAGAAUGCUCAACGAGGAUGAGCUGCGCGACGCGGUGCUGCUGGUGUUUGCCAACAAGCAGGACCUGCCCAACGCCAUGAACGCGGCAGAGAUCACCGACAAGCUGGGGCUGCACUCGCUGCGCCAGCGCCACUGGUACAUCCAGAGCUGCUGCGCGACCUCCGGCGAGGGCUUGUACGAGGGCCUGGACUGGCUGUCGCAGAACAUCGCCAACCGGCCGUGA